UAACGCCGGAUGAAUCAAAAAAAACAAAUCUGCUUUGACUUUUGCACUUCCAAUUUUUUGAGUCUCAGAUCUGAAAAUAUGGCGACGAAAACCUCUCAGCUUGCGUGUUUCUCCUCCACCACCAAUCGCCAAUUCCACUUCCAAAACCGACCGUUUCAAUGCCUUAGGUCUCGCCCCGAGUGUUUUGUAGUUAGAAGCCUUGAUGGGAAUAGCUCAGAAACAACACCAGCUUCUCUGAGCUAUACAGCAGCUGAAGUUUCUAAACCUUUUGUUGAGAAAACACCAGAACCGGUAGAGGAGCAUGUUGCCACGGCACAGCCGAAAAGAGCAGCAAAGAUCCACGACUUCUGUUUCGGCAUUCCUUAUGGUGGUCUCGUUAUGAGUGGAGGGUUGCUUGGAUUUGCGUUUUCACGGAACCUAACAAGUUUAAGUACUGGGGUCCUCUACGGUGGUGGCCUUCUAGCUCUUAGUACUUUGAGCUUAAAGAUUUGGCGUCAGGGAAAAUCUAGUUUCCCUUAUAUACUUGGUCAAGCAGUGCUUUCAGCUGUCGUCUUCUGGAAGAACUUCACUGCUUAUUCUAUGAAUAAGAAGCUGUUUCCUGCUGGUAUUUUUGCUGUCGUCAGUGCUGCCAUGUUGUGUUUCUAUUCAUAUGUGGUGCUCUCUGGAGGAAACCCACCUCCAAAGAAAUUGAAACCUUCAUACUGAAGAAGCUUCAUACUGAAGAAGCUUCCCAUAGGUUAGAUUAAAGACAUGGAGAUCUCAGUCUUUUACGACUGGUGUGUUGGAUUACUGGUGUAAUUUUAUAUACUUAAUAGAGACGACUCCUUCUUUACAGUGUCAUAAUACAAAAUAUUUGAAGUUUUGUUUGCUGGUGA